AGCGCCGGGGAGGCCGGCAGGAGGCGGCGCGGCGCGGGGGUAGCCGCCGGGCGGCCCGGAGCCGCCGCGGGUGGCAGCCAUGGAGCCGCUCCGACGCCGCCACCUCCUCCUCUUCGUCAGCCUGGGCGCGCUGCUGGCGCUGCUCCUGCCGAGGCCCGGGAACACCAGCUCAGUAACUGUGCCAGAAACACUGCUGUUUGUUUCAACUCUUGAUGGAAGUUUGCAUGCUGUCAGCAAGCGGACUGGAGCAAUCAAGUGGACUUUAAAAGAAGAUCCUGUACUACAGGUGCCAAUACACGUGGAAGAGCCAGCAUUUCUUCCAGACCCAAAUGAUGGCAGUUUGUAUACACUUGGUGGCAAAAAUAACGAAGGCUUGACUAAACUUCCAUUUACCAUCCCAGAGCUGGUGCAGGCAUCUCCGUGUCGCAGUUCAGAUGGGAUCCUUUACAUGGGUAAAAAGCAGGAUAUUUGGUACGUGAUUGACCUCAUGACUGGGGAGAAACAGCAGACCUUGACUUCUUCAUUUGCAGAAAGUCUUUGUCCAUCAACGUCCCUACUGUAUCUUGGGAGAACAGAGUACACAAUCACAAUGUAUGACACCAAGAAGAAGGAGCUGAGAUGGAAUGCCACCUAUUUUGAUUAUGCAGCUACUAUGCCUGAUGAAGACAUAAAAUACAAAAUGUCCCACUUUGUGUCUAAUGGAGAUGGGCUGGUGGUGACUGUAGACAGUGAGUCUGGGGAUGUGCUGUGGAUUCAGAAUUACGCUUCUCCUGUGGUAGCUUUUUACAUCUGGCAACGUGAGGGAUUGCAGAAAGUUAUGCACACAAAUGUGGGGAUAGAAACUCUGCGAUACUUGACAUUCAUGUCUGGGGAGGUUGGACACAUUACCAAGUGGAAAUAUCCUUUCCCAAAGGAAACAGAGACCAAGAGCAAACUAACACCAACUCUAUACGUAGGGAAGUACUCCACAAGUUUGUAUGCAUCACCAUCAAUGGUGCAUGAAGGAGUAACAGUCAUGCCCCGUGGCAGUGCCAUACCCUUACUAGAGGGUCCAAAAACAGAAGGAGUCACAAUCGAAGACAAUGGCGAGUGUGUUAUCACCCCCAGUACAGAUUUGAAGUUUUCAGGCAGACUGAAAGAAAAGAACAAGCUCAACUACUGGAACGACUGGCUUUUAAUAGGGCACCACGAAACACCGUUAUCUGCCCCUACAAAGAUUCUGGAGAAAUUCCCAAGCAACUUACCCAAGAGGCCUGAAAAUGUGAUUCCAGCUGACUCUGAUAAAGCCACUAUUGAACAGGUUAUUGACAUAGUGGAAGGUUCCGCAACAGAAGUGCCUCCUGCUGUUCCGAAGGACAUUGAGGAGAAACUUGCUCGGCCUAUUGCUCGGCCAGAGGCUCCUGUGGACUCUAUGUUGAAAGACAUGGCCACCAUCAUUCUCAGCACUUUCCUGCUCAUCGGCUGGGUGGCUUUUAUCAUCACCUAUCCAAUGAGUGUACAUCAGCAACAACAGAGACAGCAUCAGCUGGAAGAGAAGAUACAGCUCUUGCAGCAACAGAAGCUGCCCUUUCAUGCUCCCAGUGAUCUACCUCCAGAAACAGAUUUCUUAGACACCUCCUACGGACGGACAGAGAGUUCAGCUACCAGCACACCAAAUAUGUCCCCCAGAGCAUCAAACCAUUCUGCAUAUUCCAGCAUCUCCACCUCUGACGUUGGGAGCUGCCUUUCCACUGAGCAAGAAGAGGGAGAUGAUGAUGCAAACAGAGUGGUGGUUGGCAAGAUUUCAUUUAACCCAAAAGAUGUACUGGGACAUGGAGCUGAAGGAACAAUUGUUUACAGGGGGACAUUUGAUAACCGUGAUGUUGCAGUGAAAAGAAUUCUUCCUGAAUGCUUCAGCUUUGCAGACCGUGAAGUGCAGCUGCUGCGGGAGUCAGAUGAACAUCCUAACGUGAUCCGCUAUUUCUGCACAGAGAAAGACCGGCAGUUUCAGUACAUAGCUAUCGAGCUGUGUGCUGCCACUUUACAGGAGUACGUUGAGCAGAAGGCCUUCAGUCACCAUGGCUUACAACCCAUCACCCUCCUGCAACAGACAACAGCUGGCCUUGCUUAUCUGCACUCCCUUAAUAUUGUCCACAGGGACCUGAAGCCCCAUAACAUCCUCAUCUCGAUGCCUAAUGCCCAUGGGAAGGUCAAAGCUAUGAUUUCAGACUUUGGUCUGUGCAAGAAGCUAGCAGUGGGCAGACACAGCUUUAGCCGUCGGUCAGGUGUGCCAGGAACUGAAGGGUGGAUUGCCCCUGAGAUGCUGAGUGAAGACUGCAAAGAGAACCCUACAUAUACUGUGGACAUCUUUUCAGCUGGCUGUGUCUUCUAUUACGUGGUAUCUGAAGGUAGCCAUCCCUUUGGCAAAUCUCUACAGCGACAAGCCAACAUUCUGCUGGGUGCUUACAGCCUCGAGUGUUUGAAUGCAGGGCGCCAUGAAGACAUAGUUGCUCGUGAUUUAAUAGAGCAAAUGAUAAACAUGGACCCUCAGAAACGUCCAUCUGCCAGCUGUGUGCUCAAACACCCCUUCUUUUGGAGUUUAGAAAAACAGCUCCAGUUUUUUCAGGAUGUUAGUGACCGGAUAGAGAAAGAAUCUUUAGAUGGUCUAAUUGUCAAGCAAUUAGAAAGAGGAGGAAGAGAGGUGGUGAAAAUGGACUGGAGAGAGCACAUCACUGUUCCUCUUCAGACAGAUCUUCGAAAAUUCAGAUCGUAUAAAGGAGGCUCAGUACGGGAUCUUCUGAGGGCAAUGAGAAACAAGAAGCACCAUUACAGAGAACUGCCUCCAGAAGUGCAAGACACCCUGGGCUCCAUCCCAGAGGAUUUUGUAUGUUACUUUACAGCUCGCUUCCCUCACCUGCUCCUACAUACCUACAAAGCUAUGCAUAUCUGCUGCCAAGAAAGACUGUUUCAGCAUUACUAUAAUCAGGACUCUGCACAGAAGAGCCUUGCAGGAGACACUGUUUGAGAGGAGAGAGAUGGAGCUUUCUUAAUCUGGGACCAACAUUCCAAGCACAAGGCUGUGAAACAGGCCUACCUUUAGCAGGGAAAAGGGGGAAUCAAAGAGCUGAAUUCUCUCUCUUUGAGGAAACCAAGCGUCCAAAAAGUGCCUUGUACUCUGCCUGCACUGGAUCAGGAGAUAGUAAGAGCCCAAGGAGCAAUGAAGCUCCAAAAGCAAUGAACCCUGGUGAUGGAGUUACCCCAACCCAAGAAGGGUCUUCAGACAGUGAAAAGGGAGCGCAAAAGCUGGGUAUAACCAUCAUCCAGUAUCCCUAUACUGUACUUGAUUUUAUGACUUCUGUUUUACUGCAAAGAAUCAAAAUACAGUGAUUGAAAUCGUAAUUAUUAGGGGCUGGGAUCUGCAAAAGGAGCCUUUUAGUUGUAGCAAAUCAUCAGAACCUGCCAUUGCACUACUGCCACAUUCUGCAUUAGGCACACCACAGUGAUUGUAAAGGGAAUAAUUUCUAAUUACCCAAAACCUAUAAAAAAAGACUACAAUUUAAUUCCUGACUACCCUGGAAAAUUAGUCCCUCCUACUUGAGCAGAUACAGUGAAGUUCUAAAAACAACAUCGACUUGAAAAAAGUUAAAGGUUUACCUACUUCGAAAAUAAACCUCGUUUAAUUAUCAACCAGUAUUCACAAAAGAGCUUGAACAGUACUUGACUUAAAAAUCACAGUAUCAGAACCAAGCUACGCAAGUAACUUAGCUGGGGAGAGGCUAAUGAUUUAUCUACUGCAAGUGUUCCUUUCUUACAAAGAAAGGUUGCUAGGUGCAGAGCCAGAGGUAAGAUGAAUCCUGGGGAAAAAAACUAAAUCAGAAGCAAUGGAAGAUGUACAGAACAGUGAAAAUUCUAUACGGUGUUUUAAUUGGAGGAAGAGAGCUGUAAAAGAACCUCAUUUUCUGUUUGUACAGAUGGAUAACUAUGUCCACAGGAGCCCUUUUUUUUUUAAAAAAAAAAGAUGCAGUAUUUCUUUUCAUUGGCCCUAAAGCUGUGACAAAGCAUUAAGUAUGUGCAAAGGAUGAAGAAAUGGUGAACUCUGAUGAUACACGUGAGGGUAUUCUUUUACAAUGUAUUUAUUUAACAUAUUUAUAUUUAUUUAAUUUUUACUACAAAGUAGUAUCAAAUCAAAGUGGUACAAGUAUAAAGCAUGCUAAAUCUUUCUUAAUCAUUUUUGUUUCUAUUUAAUCAUAUUACAACAACUGGAAAAGUGAUACUGCAUCUUUCACUGGAAUUUGUUAAAGGGGAAACUACAAAGUGGAGCAGCUCAUUUGUCUGUGCCAUUGUUUUGUUACCUAAUAAGUAAUGGACCGUUAUAUGUAUGAUUGGGUACAUACAACUACUUUUCUGGAGCAACUUCACUGGAAGUUUUUUCCUAGUUUUACAAAGUAUGAAAGCAAUUUACUGAAGACACCAACUGUGCAAGUUACGUUUCUAAAGCUUGAAAAAAAGGGUAGUUUUUACCUAAGAAGAUUCAAAGCCUAUUUCAUAUUUUUGUAUUUCUCAUGUAAAGUUCUUUUAUAAUUCUACUAAAUAAAGACUUGUACUCAGAUUUAAAAGAAAACAGCU